CCCCAUUACGCCGGUGACAACCGUUUCCGCUGGGAACAGUCAGCGUCGGCGGCCGAACCGCGGCCUCUAAGCUGGGCCUACUUUCUAUUGUGCUCUAAUGGCGAUGAAACCAGAAGCAGAUCUACCAGAGAUCCCAUUUGCUGCCAACAUAGAUGAAGAAUCUAUGGGAAAGGCCCCAGUGACUAUUUUGGACAGUUCAUGCCCCUCAGCAUUGAAUAGCAUUAUCCAUGAAAACAGUGUGCAUUCAACUCCAGAGGUGAAAGGACCUGAUGCUGCACAGUGGCCAGAGUAUCUGAACUCUGAGCAUUCCUGCUUUUCAGCAGAGCUGAAGCUUGCUUUGCAAAGUGAUCGGCAUCUGGUGCGGAGUUAUACUUACACCAGUGAGGACUCUUCGAGUGCUGGUGAUUCAUCUCCAUCUUCCAGUACUAACCUCGCUGAAUCUGAUGAACUGUCAUCAGAGAAGAAUGAAGGGAGGAUGACACUGUGGGCAGGAAGCUACAGGUCACCAGAUGACAACCCGUCAACAAGAGACGGAGAGGAGCAGCCUCAAUAUAAUAGGGCUGGAUCUGCCUCAUCCUCCCGGACCAAAGUGGGUAAGACCGUCCAGUCCAGCUCCAACGUGAAGUGGGUAAACUCAUCAUCACGGAAGGUGCCCAGAAUAAAGAAGUGCCAGCGGACCCAAAAACAGAAGGAGCAGAUACAGCGGGUGCGCAGAGCGAGGGAGGCUGUAAUUCGCAGGAAGUGUGCCCCUCAAUGGAUUGGCAGCUCCAGUGAUGGGGAUUCCAGCAGUAACUCUGAGCUUGAUGAAGUCGUCGCCUGUGAUAAUAGCCAGGCCAAUCAUCAGAAUCCUCUUGACCCAAUGGAUGAAGAUGACGUUUUGGUCAUUGAGCCUCUGACCAGCUCCACUUUACCAGUUAAUGAGGAAGUGAACAUCACAUCCAGCGAUAGCGAGGUGGAGAUCAUCAAUGUUGUAGAUGACGAAAGGCCCUCAGUAUCGGGAACGUGGAUUGGCCACAAUGUAAAGAAAGCAGCAAGUUCCAGGCUCCAGGCCCCACCUGGACACCAUACCACGUCUGCAGAGGUUGUAGACCUUACACUCGAUGAUAAUG